AUGCAUGUUCACUCGAUCCCCAUGUGGACCGGGAAGGGCAAUAACUAUGCCUACCUGGUCGUAGAUGAGCCCACGAAGCAAUCCGUGAUCAUCGAUCCGGCCAAUCCGCCCGAGGUUGCUCCGGUGCUGAAGUCCAUGAUCGAUAAAGGCGAGAUCCAGUUGACGUCGAUUGUGAAUACCCACCACCACUGGGACCAUGCGGGGGGCAACAAUGACAUGCUCAAACAAUUCGGCAAAAUCCCUGUCAUCGGGGGCAAGGAGUGCCAGUCAGUCACCAAGACUCCCCAACACGGCGAGGAGUUCAAGAUCGGAGAGCGCAUCUCAGUCAAGGCGCUCCACACCCCCUGCCAUACGCAGGACAGUAUCUGCUAUUAUAUGCAAGACGGGUCCCAACGAGCAGUCUUCACGGGAGACACUUUGUUCAUUGCGGGGUGCGGUCGGUUCUUCGAAGGCAAUGCGGCAGAGAUGCACAAGGCAUUGAAUGAGACUCUGGCUUCCCUGCCGGACGAUACUCGGGUCUAUCCCGGCCACGAGUAUACCAAGCAGAACGUGAAGUUCUGCAUGACCGUCUCCCAAACGGAGCCGAUCCAGAAGCUCCAGGCUUUUGCAGAGAAAAACCAACAGACCCAGGGGAAAUUUACGAUCGGAGAUGAGAAGCUUCACAAUGUGUUUAUGCGUGUCCACGACCCGGAGAUCCAGAAAGCGACGGGGAAGACGCAGCCAGUGGACGUGAUGACUGCUCUGCGGGAGAUGAAGAACUCGAUGUAG